ACCGCUCUGAUCACCAACCAAUGUUCAUGUCUUGGUCGUCCAACACUGUUCGCAACAUGAUGAUGUUAGCAACCGCCACUAUCUUCCUGCUCUCCAUGAGUGCUUUCUUAUGGGACUCUACAGUUUCAGUAACGGUAUACAAAUAUAAUCCAAGCUUAAAGAUUGACCAUAACGGCGAGCAGUUUCUCUCUUAUUUACCGCACUCUGGCUUAUCCAACCAACGAACCGAGCUCGAAAACGCAUUGCUUUUAGCAAGUUAUCUCAACCGUACCUUGAUUUUACCUCCAGCAUUUCUUGGACACAUCAGAGGGUGGCAGCCAAAAGACAAUCUGUUCAACUAUCUGGAAUCCCUUACAAAACCUCAACCUUGGUGGAAUCGAUGCAGUGAUAAACUCGGUUUGGCAGACGGGCCUUGCCAUACUAAGGAUACCUACGCAACUGUUCCAUGGGAAUUUCUUCAUUCUUCUAUCAACGACAUAGGCGUGCCUGUACGAAGUAUCCGACAAAUCUCGCUCGCUAAAACCAAGGCCAUGUUGACCCUCACGGACGACGAAGUCUAUGUCCAUCACGAUAACACCAUGUACAGCUGGCGACUAUGUGAUAAACCCAAAGAGCAGUGCCCAGAGUUGAACGCUGGCACUGGCCAUGUCUACGAGCAACAGUGGACGAUUGAAGACUUGCAAGCCAUUGACAAACCUCUUCUCCAUCUGCAAGGAAUAUUUGGUACAGGACGAGUGAGCGUCAGCCGACCUGAGCACCUGGCACUGCGCACUAAGAUUCGACAAUCCCUAAUAUACCGCAACUUAGCCAUGGGACAAGUAACAGAUAACAUAGCCAAACAAUUAGGUGGCAAGCAACGCUAUUUUUCCAUCCACGUCCGUAUGGGAGACCAUCAAUUUCUCGGUGGUUUGCAAAAACAUCUUGACGAACAGAUUGCGUUUUUGGAAAAAUCCCUUGUGGACGCUGGGAACCCAACCACUUCCAGUUGUGAGACGGAAGAAUACAAGAUUUAUGUGGCCACAGACGCCAAAGAUCCCAGAAUAAGUCCAGAGUUAGCCCCAAUCUUUUCACGCUUCCCAUGCGCAAAAGUACUAGGAGAUUACAUCGACUUGCUGUCCCCACUGGACGCUGAAGUGGACACGUUUCAACCCCCUCAAAAAACCAUUAUCCGAUUUCUCAUACCCAUCAUUGACGCUAUGGUUGCUGGCAACGCAAAGAAUUUCAUGGGAACGCCUGGUUCGACGUUCUCGGCUUAUAUCCGGCGUCUCCAUUCCGCUUAUGCUCCUAGCAAAUACCAACCAUGAAAAUUAUAGAUCGGCCCAGUAGACUACUGCGGCUGUAAUUGACUUGGCUGUAAUCCUCAUGUGUACAAAGACUUUUUUCUCUUGAUUAUCUUUUUCUCUGCUUCCAUGUAAAAUGUAGAUUGUACUCAAAGUGCUAUUAAUGACAACCCUAUGCUCAAUACACCACAUUGUGUUUCAUAAUUAUAUUUAUAUUUUAAUUGGGCCAUGGCUAUUUUGGGUGAAGCAACACAGCAAAGGAACUGGGGUAUUUGUUUUGAUUUUUCUUUCUUUUGCUCUUUAAUUUGGUUUUAGAAUGAGUUCAAAUUUUUGAUUUUCCUAUCCUUAUCUCUCUUCU